CGUCUCCCCCUUUCCUCCUGAUACCCAAAAUGUCAUUCGCACCGCCGCCCGGAUCCACCGCGGAGUUGCACAACAGACUCCAAAGCGAGCCGCACUGGGGCUACACCAUCUACCGCACCACCUUCUCCGCCCAGGCGGACGCCGCAUUUCCCACCAUCCUCCGCUACCUCGACGCCUGCGUCAAGAAAUCGCUCUUUUCCGAGUGCGCCUCCUACAGCGAGAAUUCCCCCGGCGUAGAUCACGCCAUCUACCAGGGCAUCUGGGCUAAAUAUCAGUCCAUCGUCGUUGGAGAUGCGGCGCGGUUUGCGGGGGCCUCAAUGGAGUCAGUCCGGGAUCACUUCGAGGCCGUUGUUGAAGGACAGGGCCGACGUGACUUCUUUAACUCGGAUCGCAUGUGCAUUGUCAUCGACGAGGAGUCCCUGCUCACGCUGCUGGAUGCAUCGGUAGAGGCCCUGGAGGCGGAGGGGCCCAACCACGUCCUCGAAACGACGCGGUUCGUGAAGGUGGUCGAGGCGUGGCCGACAGUGGACCAGUAUGACAGUUUCCCCGGGUGGAUGGAAUGUUCGCCCCGGGCGAUGUGGGAUCUCUGGAAGAUGAUGGGCGAUGGCGAGGAGGUGAGGAAUUCGUGGGAGGAUAUGGAUGACAUGGACGGGGGGGUGUAUUGUGGGCCGUGACGAUAAUAGGAAUAAAUCACGCAGUAGAACCGAAAGUAUGAGGCUCUAACCUCUAAACUAUCUGCAGGAUCCUCAACUAAAUGCCUUCAAUAAUGGAUAGGAUAUAUUGUCAUUAUAUUACCCGGAAGGAAAACGCGAUGUUUCCGGAGGGGUGGAAGCAAGAUCUGUAGCAAUAUGCAUAGUAAAGGCACCAACUUCGGUACUAGCUAAUCCAUCAAAAAUAG